UCCGUAUGAAAUAUGUUAUCACAUCAAAUGAUGUAUAGAAUUGUGAAGAUUUGUAAUAAUAUAAGGACCCUCGACGAUAUUUUACAAACAUAGAAAAUCAUUCAUAUUGUGUGUGCGGGUUUAGAAAUAACAAUUGUUUAAUAUUCGAUUUAGUGAGAAAUAUGGAAGGAACAGUACUUGCUUAAACAAGGAAUUAUGGCCAUGCUCUACAAGCUGUGAAUACCAGUGCAAGUGUUCAACAACAAACAGCGACACUUUUAUUUAAAAACCACUACGGCCACUAAAGAUAAGGAGGAAAGGACCGGUUUACCAACGGCGACCAAUACAAAAGAGAAAACGAACCAGAACGUAUAAAUGCAAAUACAAGAUGAUCACUUUGGUUUUAUAUAUACAGAUUUUGACUAUGGCAAUUGCUUUGAGCCCCCAUUACAAAAGCGUCAGUGAAAAGACCAGCUCAUCUGAAAGUUUGGAAACACAAAACCCGACCUUGAAUGCGACAUGGAUAGCUGAGUAUCAAACCAUCACAUUGACGUGUAACAUUUAUGGGGAAACGGCUCGCUCUGUUGGCUGGUACAGGAACCAAGGUCGAAAGGUUAUCUCCAUUGGCUAUGUCGACAACAGAUGUGAAACAAGUCCUCCUGAGCUGCCGUUUUUUGCGAGGUGUCUGUGUUUGAAUAUAACCGUGUUUAGUUGUACGCUGACAGUGGAGAUGUCAAUGCAUAACGAGGACGAAUGGGAAUGCUCGUUUGCAGAUAAUGGGUUAUCUAUCAAAAGCAACGUAAUCAGGAUAAGAGGAUCCAACGUUAGCCGGAAUGAAGCAGGUAUGAACAAGUUGAAAUGUAAAUACAUUUACUCGCUGGUCCUUCGGAACCUUAUUUCGUUGGCUUAUUUUCAAAUGGGCUGCAUGCUUACAGUUUCUGUCCUAGCACAAAAGCGACCGCAAAUGUUUAGUUUGAACGCUCAAAAUUUGCCUUGAAGUGACAAAUGGCCG